AUGGGGGGCGAGGCGGAGGUGAACCUGACCCACGGGGCCGUGGCGGCGAUGUCCCGGAUGGUGCAGGGGCUGCGGCCGGUGCUGCAGUUGCCGGAGGCGCCGCGGCCAACCUGGAUGGUGGGUGGCCACACGGAGCUCUACGGCCUCCUGCUCUCCGACGGCGUGCACUCCCAGAAGGGGAUGCUCGCCACCUCCUUGAACGGCCUCGUCAAGGCUGGCCUCCUCCGCGGCGGCUCCGUCGUCCGCGUCCUCGACUACAUCUGCAACAACUCCGUCGAGAACCCGAGGGUCAUUGCUGUCAUCCAACUGGAAAUACUGCAAACUGAGUGCACGCUGAUUGGGAGUCCCACAUUCUUUGAUCCUAAUGUCUCUCAACCUAAGUUGAGAUCAUAUUCUGAUAGCCUGGGCAUCCAUAGGCAUUGUAUGAUCUCAGGGGCCGAACAAGGUGUUACCAACAUAGGAUGCUAUCCUGACCAGAGCUUGUUGGAUUCUUCUAAUGCUGCAAGGGUAGAGAUUAUGCAGCGACCUUAUGAUUUAGUGCCCACACCAAACACAAUAGAUGCCAAGAUGCAGCAGCUUUCACUGAAAUCUUAUCAGAGCCAAGUUCCUUCAACAGUUGGAGGCUUUGACAGUCCUGGCAAUACUUAUGGGCAGCCUGUGCAGUCUUUGUGUGAACAAACACCUCCAAUGUAUUUGAAUAGAUACCCUGUCGUUAACAGUGAAGCUCAUCUCAUCCCAAUUUCUGCGUUAACUCCAUACCAAAGCAGAUGGACAAUCAAGGUCAGGGUAACUGGAAAGACCGAACCAGGCUACUUAGGCAAAGCAAAAAUCUUCUCUUUUGAUCUGAUUGAUGCAAAUGGUGGAGAAAUUCGUGCAACAGGUUUAAAUUCUGCCAUUGACCUGUUCUACGACAAAAUUGUGCCUGGAAAUGUGUACUUGAUAUCUGGAGGAUUGGUAAAACCUGUACCAAAGAUGCUUAACCCUUUAAACAGUGAUUAUCAGAUUAUUCUGGUUCCUACAACAUCUAUAGAAAUUUAUUCUGGUGAUGAUAGCGGCAUCCCUGGACAGAAACACAAUUUUAGACAGAUCAGUGAAAUAGAAAAUAUGGAGAAUGAUGCCAUGGUAGAUUUGCUUGGGGUUGUUACAUCAGUUAGUCCUUCAGUUACAUUAGUAAAGAAUGCCUUCAAAACCCAUAAAAGAACCAUUCAUCUGAAGGACAUGAGUGGUCAGGCUAUGGCGAUAACCCUCUGGGGAAACUCUUGUAGUGCUGAAGGCCAGCAGCUGGAGCUGCAGUUGAAAUAUGGUUUGAGCCCUAUACUUUCCUUGAAGUUUGGCAGUGUUGUCAGCGGAUUCAGUGGCAAGUCUGUGUGCACAACCAGCUCAAGUCAGCUAAAAAUAAACCCAGACUUACCUGAGGCACAAAAGCUGAGGCAAUGGUAUGCAACUCAGUCGAAGAACAAUGUUUGCAGAACCAUUGCGCAGAUCAAGGAGAACUUUGGGAUGCUAGGUCAACCUGACUUGAUCACUGUUGUGGCUGCAAUUUCGUAUGUGCGCACUGAUGUCUUCUGCUACCCAGCUUGCACCUUGAUGUUUAAUGAUAAGCAAUGCAACAAAAAAGUCACAGCUAAUGGUGAUGGGUGGUGGUGCAAGAGUUGCCUCCGGAGCUCCGAAACUUGUGACUAUAGGUACUUGCUUCUGUGUCAGAUCCAAGACCACAGUGGUUCUUCCUACGCUACUGCCUUCCAUGAGGCGGCUGAGGAGAUGAUUGGCCAUACCGCACAAGAGCUUUAUAUGAUACAAAAUAACGAGCAAGAUGCUGCAAAAGUCGAGGAAAUCAUGCGGGGGGUCCUUUGGGGUAAAUACCUGUUCAAGUUGAGAGUCAAGGAGGGAGCCCAGCACGGUGUGAAGCUCGGCAUAGUUAAGGCUGAGAAGUUCGACCCGUCGGAUAUGAGUCGUCAUGUCCUGGGAGAGAUCGACAACCUUUUGAAGGGCAAUUCAUCCUCAGCUUCAGGGACACAAGGCAUCGUGACCCCAAGUGUCGGUCGCACAAAUUUGCAGGCCAGGCUAACUGCUCGAACCUCCAACAACGCCUCUGGCACCGAGACUAUCGGUGGCACAAGUUUGAUGAUCCAGUAG